CUUCCUGCUUCUUCUUCUUCUUCUUCACCUUGUCACACCGCGCGAAGCUCCCCGACACGCGCAAUUCUUCCGCAAUUGAUCAUGGCGCCCUCCAAGAGUGCAUCGGCCCAAAAGCCGCCCGCGUCCCCCGUCAAGAACGGCUACCUGAUCCUCUACAAUGCCGCCUCUGCUGCCGCCUGGUAUCUCGUCCUCCAAGGGACCGUCGCGGAGCUCGUCAAGUCCGGCCCGGAGUCGGUCUACCUCGGCGUCGGCGAAUUCACCAAAUGGACCCAGACGGCCGCGGCCAUGGAGAUCCUGCACUCCCUCUUCGGAGUCGUCCGCGCGCCGCUCUUCACGACGCUCAUGCAAGUCGCCUCGCGCUUCCUCCUCGUCUGGGGCGUCCUCUUCCUCUACCCGUACCUCGCCGUCCAGUCGCCCACCUACAGCUCCAUGCUCAUCGCCUGGUCCGUCACCGAAGUCAUCCGCUACUCCUACUUCGCCCUCUCGCUGUCCGGCCUGACGCCGCGGAUCCUCACCUGGCUGCGCUACAACACCUUCUUCAUCCUGUACCCGAUUGGCAUCCUGAGCGAGUGCUCGCUCGUGUACCUCGCUGCUGUGGGCCCGGCCGCCACGGCGACUGAGUAUCCUCUGACCCUGAUGCCGUAUAUUCUGUAUGGCAUUUUGGUGGUCUAUGUUCCUGGUGCUUAUAUCCUCUACACGCACAUGAUGGCCCAGCGAAGAAAGGUUAUGCGUGGCUUAAAGGCCAAGAACGAGAAGGCGACUCAAUAAACAAUAGAAGACGAAAAUAUGAAAGAUGAGCAUAAUACUCUAAAACGGGGGGCACGGUUUAUUGUUAUUGGACAUGAUGAACGACAAAGAUGUAACGAUACAAGAAAUAAAGUCAAAACCAUACGGAGUGUGCAUAGGUACAGACAGUAGUAAUGCUAAUUGUAGAAAAUACACACAAAAUCAAUCGCC